UGCGCCCAAACGGCGGCUAACGCCUCCUCCUCCUCCCGUCCUCCACCAACUCCCCUCCGCAUCAAGUGCUCUCACACUCCGCCAGCCUGUUUACCCUACACCUGCAUAAUCAGCCUCAUCUGCCUCUCUCGCGUCUGGCCCUUUACUGACAGAUUCAAGGUGCGUUUUGUUGUUCAGUGGCUUAAUUCGCAGCUCGUUUGCUACUAGUUUGCGUUGCGAGGGUCAGCUGCAGGUCAAGGAAACUGAUUUUGGGAUCCAGAGAACAUCGCCAUAGGUUGUUGCAAGCCGGGCAUAUAACUUGUUUGUGUGAUCUGCCCUGUGGUGGACUGUCCAACAUCCAAGAUGUCCCAGUCGUCCACCGCUGAUGAGGGUACAACCUUUGAACACUUGUGGAGUACCCUUGAGCCAGACAGCACAUAUUUUGAGCUUCCUCAGGCGGGACACUCAGGGGACAGGGUGCCUUCCAGCAGCCUGCCCAGCAACCGCGCUGAAGUCUGCAUGGACGUCUACCACAUGAGAGACAUGAGAGACAUCAACGACAAUGUCAUGUCUCAGUACAGCCUACUGAGCAGCAGUAUGGAACAAGGUUUGGGGAACAGAGCAGCGUCUACCAGUCCCUACAGCUCAGAGACCACCUCCAACGUGCCAACGCCGUCACCCUACUCCCAGCCAAACUCGACCUUCGAGGCCAUGUCUCCAGCCCCGGCCAUCCCCUCCAACACUGACUACCCCGGGCCGCACAACUUCGAGGUCACCUUCCAGCAGUCGAGCACGGCCAAGUCAGCCACCUGGACGUACUCUCCACUGCUUAAGAAGCUGUAUUGUCAGAUCGCCAAGACCUGUCCGAUUCAGAUCAAACUGGCUUCCUCGCCCCCAAACGGCGGUGUGAUUCGAGCCAUGCCCAUCUACAAGAAGGCCGAACACGUCACAGAGGUGGUCAAACGCUGUCCUAACCAUGAACUCGGACGGGACUUCAAUGAAAUACAAAUUCAUACAGGAAUGGCAUGA